AUGGCGUUACGCUUACGUGACGAGAGAGCUAGGCCUAGAAUGGGCAAAUCCGGGUUCACCGCCCAGAUCGGUAUGGAACGCCUGAAACGGAAUUACGGUACGGGUCCAGUGGAGUCUGCAGCUGCACGACGUGGUCCAAUAAAGGAUCCAAGGCCAGGUGAGGAGAAAUCGAAAAGAGGAGAUAGGGGGUGGUGGUUGGGACAGCUGGGGUAUAUCAGACAUGGAAUUGGAAGAGCAGUGGAAGAUGAUUGAGGGGAAGUGAUUGGGAUGGCUGCUUGAGUAGUCCACCCUCAAGAGUGAUCGUCUAUCUCUCUUUCUAUCGAGAUCUCUUCUUCCGCAUCCAGCUUCGAAAGGUCUGUCUCUCUACUCUCUCCACC